AUGAAGAUUCUUUCUAUAUCGCACACUCUCGUCCUGUCUCUGGCUGCAAGACAAGGUCUAGCUGCCGUCACGCAGGGUAUUCCUGAUACAAUCUACAGCCGGCUGGUUGAGAUGGCCACGAUCUCGCAAGCUGCCUACGCAAACUUGUGUAAAAUUCCCUCGACCAUUACCACGGUGCAGAAGAUAUACAAUGCCCAGACUGACAUCAACGGAUGGGUUCUUCGCGAUGAUUCACGGAAAGAAAUCAUUACCGUCUUUCGCGGUACUGGCAGUGCUGUAAACCUGCAGCUCGAUACCAACUACACUCUUGCUUCUUUCCAAACCAAUCCCAAAUGCGUCGGUUGCUUUGUGCAUGGCGGAUACUAUCUUGGUUGGGUCUCAGUCAAGGAUCAGGUCGAGUCGUUUGUCCAGGAGCAGGCCAGACAGUAUCCGGAUUAUGCACUGACGGUCACGGGCCACAGUCUUGGUGCCUCGAUGGCAGCCAUCACUGCUGCUCAGCUAUCUGCCACAUAUAGUCGCGUUAAAUUAUACACCUUUGGUGAACCGCGAACUGGCAACUCAGCCUUCGCGUCAUAUAUGAAUGCGCAUUUUCAUUCUACAGACCCCGCGGCGACCCAGUACUUCCGGGUCACCCAUGCUAAUGACGGCAUUCCGAACUUGCCCCCAACUGCCCAGGGUUAUGCUCAUUCGGGUGUGGAAUUCUGGAGUGUUGAGCCCCAUAACGCCCAUAACACUUAUAUCUGCACCGGAAACCAGGUCCAGUGCUGCGAGGCCCAGGGCGGUCAGGGUGUGAAUGCUGCUCAUGUUACUUACUUUGGGAUGAGUAGCGGAGCUUGCACCUGGUAG